AUGGCGCCCAUCGCCUUAUCACCCCCUCGUGAAGUAUCUCCCCCCCCUACUUCACAGGAAGAGGUGUCUUCGUAUCAGGGCUACGACCACGUGCACUGGUACGUUGGCAAUGCCAAACAAGCAGCCGCCUACUACAUUGCUCGCAUGGGCUUCGAGAAGAUCGCAUACAGAGGUUUGGAGACCGGAUCUAGAGGAUUGGCCUCCUACGUCGUGCGCAACGGAGGCGUCACUUUCGUCUUGACCUCUCCUCUUCGUGGUCUCAGCAUGUUGCACGAUGUUCCCGAGGAUGAGAGAGAAUUGGUCAGAGAGGUUCACAAGCAUCUCGAGACUCACGGUGAUGCCGUCAAGGAUGUGGCUUUCGAAGUCGACUGUGUUGGAUCGAUCUACAACGCCGCAGUCUCAGCAGGCGCAACCUCUAUCAAGGCCCCUAACACCGUCCACGAAGGCAAGCUCGGCUAUGUGAAGACCGCCACUAUCCAGACCUAUGGAGAGACCACCCACACCCUUAUCGAGCGCCAGAACUAUCGUGGUCUCUUCUUCCCCGGCUUCCGCCUCGAGCCCAACAUCAAGGACCCCCUGAACCUGAUCCUUCCUCCCAUCACCCUCGAAGCCAUCGAUCACUGCGUCGGCAAUCAAGACUGGAACGAGAUGGACGAUGUCUGUAACUACUAUGAAAAGGCCCUCGGCUUCCACCGCUUCUGGUCCGUCGACGACAAGGACAUGUGCACCGAGUUCUCAGCUCUAAAGUCCGUUGUCAUGGCUUCCCCCAACGAAGUCAUCAAGAUGCCCAUCAACGAGCCCGCCGAGGGAAAGAAGCAAUCUCAGAUCGAAGAAUAUGUUGACUUCUACGGCGGCGCUGGCGUCCAGCACGUGGCCUUCAGAACCACCGAUAUCAUCACUGCCAUCAGAAACCUCAAGGCCAGAGGAAUGGAGUUUAUCAAGGUGCCUGAGACUUACUACGUGGCUAUGAGACAGAGACUGGCUGCUGCUGGUAUGAAGCUCAACGAGGACUUUGAUGUCCUCGCCAGCCUUGACAUCUUGAUUGAUUUCGACGAAGGCGGUUAUCUCCUACAGUUGUUUACUAAACAUGUGCUGGACCGCCCUACUGUCUUCAUCGAAAUCAUCCAGCGCAACAACUUCGACGGCUUUGGUGCUGGUAACUUCAAGUCGCUCUUCGAGGCCAUCGAGAGAGAGCAGGAGCUGAGAGGUAAUUUGAUCUGA